ACAUUUUCAAGGACUUUUGCGGACUUUUGCCAGCGUCUAAAAUUGAUUUUUAUGAAUAUGUCAAAUCACAGAUCUAAUUUUAGAGAUUAUCAGAGAGAGGGCAUUCGAGCCAAUAAUGCCGGCACCUCCGGAGAUGCGGUGCGCCAGAACGGAAAUCCGAUUUCAGUUGCAAAACAUGUCGACGGCAAGAAAAGUGUCUACAUGCUAUUCCUACGCCAGAUAGGACAGAAAAAAUUUCUGACCGAGCAAGGCCACCGAUACAAUCAGAAUGAUCAGGCAGACAAGGAUAUUAUGACAAGAUAUUAUCACGGAAUGUGCCCUGAUUUGAAGCAAAAAUUCGAGCGAGAAGUUGCCGAGCACAACGGAAAUCGGGGGCUUGUAAUUAAAACAAAGCACCAGAGAGCACAGAGAAACCGUGAGAUGCGCCACCGAAAUCCAGAUGAGUUCCAACAGCUCCGACGUGCACAUUUGGAGACACUGAGCCAAACUCCAAGUGUUAUAGCGUUGCCAAGAGAUAUAAAUCACGUUCUUCACAUCACCGAAGAUCUCGACGCGUUUUGUCUUGCAAAUCGCAAAAAGGCGAAACGAAUAAUGACUUCAUACAUUGCUCAGCGUUCUGAUGAUCCUGGAAAUCCGUUGCUUUGCGAGGACUACACAAUGCAGAUUGUUUCAGUAUUUCCGGUUGCCUACGCCUUCAAACCAUCAAUCAAUAAGCUUUCAUCGUAUCCUGCAGAGAUAUCCGUUACAACAUUCAAUCUUAAGAAUGGAAUCAUUCAGAAUGAAUCGAGAUUCGUCAAAUUCGAUGCAGCUUGGUUUUAUCCAGAUGCAGAUGACAUUGGGCACGAGGAAUUGUCUAGAAAAGCAAUGGCCGACGAACUGGGAAUUUCGCCCAAUGGACCCGCCGAUGGCUGUGAACCAUAUGAAGUUUUCGAGUGGCUUCAACACCUUUUAAAACAGCAUCCGAAAUCUCCGAUUCUAUGCGAUCGAGCUCAAUUCAAUUUUGUAUAUUAUGGAAUCAAGACUCUGGCCACUUACACUGGAAUCAAUGCCAUCACAUUCUUCCAAGAAGUCAUCAUUCCUAGUAUUCUGAGCAUUCAGGAUUUUACAAGUGUAAUACUCGAAAAAGCGCCGACGGAUGUCCCCCGUGUCUGGAGAGAUGUUGAUAUUUGUAAUCAAUUUCAAUAUCAUUUUCUCAUUCCCAGAACUGAAUUGAACCUAUUCUGCAGUUUUCAUGAGAAUAAACCAUCGCCUACGAAAUACAAUUGCGUCAAGGCUCAUAAUGCAAGACUAUUAGACAAUUUUUUCACUGUAAUAAAGGGGAACCGGCUUCAAGGAUUCGUGAUUUCGCCGCCAGUUCAUGAGAUUUGCAUUCAAGACGGGAGUGACACAAGUUUGCCUCAAACAAUCUUGGCAAGAACAAUAUCCCGUAAUGACGCCGAAGUCUACGCCGCCAGGCAGAGAGAUACCGAUGAACAAUAUGACGUCCAUCAAGAAGGUCCAUCUAAUCAUGAUCAAUACGAAUUCGCAUCUGAACCACUGGAUUUCGAAGAAGAUUCUGAUGAGGAAAACUACAAUGAACAGCUUGAUGUUCCUUAUUCUUACAACGAUCACUUCAUCAGCUCAUCAUCUGUUCGUGAGCCAGAGCAUCCCAGUGCAAGAUCAAGAGAUGUUGCUCCAAAUGUUCAACAAGAAUCUGUUGUGGUUCCGGCUCCAAGGCGAUUGUCGCCACAGCGAGCUCCACGCCCGUCACAAAAUAGUCCGAAUGCUUAUUCUGAACGCAAAAGUUUUUCCGCGUUUCCAUCCGAAGAUCCAUCUGAAGAUUAUGAAACCCCAAUAAUCAGUCAUAUCAUGAAUCGAAACGAAGCGGAUCAAUAUUUCAAUAUUCUGGAUUCGGUGAAACCGGGACAGAAAUAUAAGAUAAUCAAGUUCGACGACUUCUAAACGGAAACCCCUCACACAUUCAUUUCAUGGUAUUAAAUAUAAGCAUUCUAAAAUCCUAAUUGUACUAAUAGUAUUAUACAUGAUAUACUCUGUCUGUCUGCUUGGUACAAAUUUACUUCAUUCUCAAUUUUCAAAACAAUAAAUCAUAUAUUCUUU